GCGAUUUAAAGGGCGGCAGCGGGCGUGCGCAGCUCACUGGUUUCCGAGUUGGGAAUUGGUUUCUGUCUAGGUCGGUCGGUCUUCCACGGCUCCCGUCUCUUGCUAUCGUCCGUGCUCGGCUGAGGGGAGGAGAAGAAAGCUACAACAUGUCUGCGGGAAACGAGAACACGGUUCGCCUGAGCAAGUUCAAGAACAAGGGGCGAGACGCGACGGAGCUGCGCAGGCGGCGGAUCGAGGUGAACGUCGAGCUCCGGAAGGCGAAGAAGGACGAGCAGAUCCUCAAGCGGCGCAACGUCAGCAGCUUCCCGGACGAGGCCACCUCGCCGCUGCAGGAGAAGAACCAGAACCGACAGGGGGCGCCACACUGGACGGUGGAGGAGAUCCUGAAUGGCGUGAACAGCAACAACCCCGACCUCCAGCUGCAGGCCACUCAGGCGGCGAGGUACCGGACAGGUUCCUGUGGCAGGAAUUUCAGCGGUGUUCCUCCCCCUCCUCCCGUUUCAGGUGAUGGAUCUGCUUACAGGGACAAAGUCAUUAAGCACGGAGCCAUCGAUCCCCUUGUCACGCUGCUCGCUGUUCCCGAGCUGUCGGCCUUGUCGUCCGGGUACCUGCGCAACAUCACCUGGACCCUGUCCAACCUGUGCCGGAACAAGAACCCAGCGCCCCCCCUGGCGGCUGUGCAGCAGCUGCUGCCCACGCUGGUGCGCCUGCUGCACCAUGACGACCGGGAGGUGCUGGCCGACACCUGCUGGGCCGUGUCCUACCUGACCGAUGGGCCCAACGACCGGAUCGAGGUGGUGGUGCGGACCGGGCUGGUGUCCCGCCUGGUCCAGCUGCUCGGCUCCGGAGAGCUUCCGAUUGUGACUCCCUCACUGAGGUCAAUCGGCAAUAUAGUGACCGGCACGGAUGAGCAGACCCAGAUAGUGCUGGACUCCGGAGCUCUGGCCAUGUUCCCAGCCCUGCUGAGGCACCACAAGAGCAACAUCCAGAAAGAGGCCGCCUGGACCCUGUCUAACAUCACUGCCGGGCGCGACACCCAGAUCCAGGAGGUUGUGAACGCCGGGCUGGUCCCGUACCUGGUGGAGGUGCUCCAGAAGGGUGACUACAAGGCGCAGAAGGAGGCUGUCUGGGCUAUAACCAACUACACCAGCGGGGGGACUGUGGAACAGGUGGUGUACCUGGUUCAGUCCAACGUGCUGGAGCCCUUGCUGAACCUUCUGUCCACCAAGGACAGCAAAACUCUCCUUGUGAUCCUGGAUGCCAUCUCGAACAUCUUCCUGGCUGGCGAGAAGCUGGGCGAGGUGGAGAAGCUGGCCGUGAUGAUCGAGGAGUAUGGAGGCCUGGAUAAGAUUGAAGCCCUGCAGUCCCAUGAGAACGAGAUGGUCUACAAGGCUGCCCUACACCUGAUCGAUAAAUACUUCUCUGGAGAGGAAGAGGAAGACCAGUGUGUUGUUCCUGAAGCUACGACUGAUGGUUAUGCCUUCCAGGUCCAAGAUGCUGAAAGCACUUUCAACUUCUAGAGUUUUUUUUUUUUGUUUUUUUUUUUUUUUAUAUGUGUAGCAGUGUUUUCCAUGAUGUAUAUAACAGGUUACUGAUGUGACUGUCAAACCUUUAUUGUAUGAAAUGUAAAUAAAGUUUAUUAGGUAUGUCUUUCAAAA